AUGAAUUCCCAAAAUCUCAAAAUUGUCUGUACCUCAAGACUGUUACUUCAAUAUAAAGAAGUCAACAACAUUGUUCAUACUGUUAAUUUUUUAUGCUCUAUUUCAGGAAGUGCUGGAAAACCUAUAGCAUUAUUAGCUAACUUUUUCCCAUUGGAACAACAACCUACAUUUGUAGCCCUAUAUCAAUAUCAAGUGGACUUUAACCCUAGUAUAGACAGUAGAAAAUUGAAAGCUGCUUUAUUAUUUACUCAUGAUGAAAUGCUUGGUAAAGUCAAAGCAUUUGAUGGUGGAAUUCUGUAUCUUCCCAAGAAAUUACAGGAAAAGGUAUGUAAAAGAAAUUUUGACGAUACUAAAAUACAAAUUACUAUCACCUUGACCAACGAAUUGCCUCAAACAAGCCCUCAGUUCUUACAAGUUGUCAACAUCAUCUUUAGAAGAUUGUUGGCUGCUAUUGAAAUGAAAGAAAUUGGUCGUCAUUAUUUCAAUCCGUCCUUAAAAGUUGACAUUCCAAGACAUAAAUUGAGUGUAAUGCCAGGAUUUGCUACAUCUAUAUUACAAUAUGAAAAUGCCAUAUUACUGGGAGCUGACAUAGCUCACAAAAUAAUAAGAACAGAUUCAGUUUUAGACAUAAUGUAUUCCUUAUACAACGAUCAAAGAGGAGGAGGUAGUUUUUAUGAUAAAGUGUUCAAAGCUUUAGUUGGUUCCAUUGUCCUUACAAGAUAUAACAAUAAAACUUACCGAGUAGAUGAUAUUGAUUGGGAAAAACGUCCUACCCACAAAUUUAAACUACAUAAUGGAGACGAAAUCUCUUAUGUUGAUUAUUACAAAAAAAACUAUGAAAUAACUGUUAAUGAUCUCGACCAGCCAUUACUGGUUUCUAAACCUAAAAAGAAAGAUUUAAAUAGAGGCAUGAAAGAUAAUAUUUAUUUACUACCUGAAUUAUGUACAUUGACAGGUUUAUCUGAUGAUGUACGGGCUGAUUUCUCUGUUAUGAAAGAUGUAGCAACACAUACUAGAAUAGCUCCAGAAGGCAGAUGUAAAAAACUCACAGAUUUUAUAAGAGUAAUGAAUAGUAAUCCCAAAGUUCAAACUGAAAUGAAUGGAUGGGGACUUCGAUUCUCUCAGAAUUUAUUAGAAUUACAAGGUCGUGUGUUACCACCAGAAGCAAUAAGUCAAGGACAAGUACCGUUGAGUUAUAGACCAGAAGAUUGUGACUGGUCUAGAGAUAUGAGAGGUAAAAGAUUACAGUCUGUUGUUAAUUUAACAGAUUGGAUUGCUAUAGCUACAAAGCGUGAUGGUGGUUCGGCUGGAGACUUGGUAGAUACAUUAAUACGUGUUGGUGGACCAAUGGGUAUGAGAAUCAACCAGCCUAUGGUAUGUGAACUACAGAAUGACCGUAAUGAAACAUUCUUAGAAACUCUACGUAAAAAUCUAACAGAAAGAAUACAAAUGGUUUUAAUUGUGGUACCUAAUAAUAAAAAAGAUCGUUAUGAUGCUAUAAAAAAAUUCUGUUGUGUUGAACACCCUGUACCAUCUCAAGUAGUAGUAGCUAGAACAUUGUCUAAAAAACAGAUGUUGAUGUCAGUAGCUACUAAAAUCUGUAUACAAAUGAAUUGUAAAUUGGGUGGUGAAGUCUGGACUGUAGAAAUUCCUCUGACUAAACUAAUGGUAAUUGGUAUAGACACCUAUCAUGAUUCAUCACAGAAGGGUAAAUCUGUGGGUGGUGUCAUAGCCAGUUUAAACACCAAUCUAACUCGAUUUUACUCUACUGUAACUCAUCAAACUCAACAUCAAGAACUAAUAGAUGGACUAGUAGCUAGUCUGAAUGGUGCCUUAAGAAAAUAUCAUGAAGUAAAUGGUGUAUUACCAGAAAAAAUAAUAGUCUAUAGAGAUGGUGUUGGUGAUGGACAGCUACCAACAGUGUUUGGUCAUGAAGUUCCACAAUUACUAGAAGCCUUAAAGAAAGGUGGAGGUUCCAAUUACAAUCCAAAAUUAGCUGUUAUUGUUGUAAAGAAGAGAAUCAAUGCUAGGUUUUUUGCCAAGAAUAAUAGUAAUGUCAGCAAUCCAGUACCUGGUACAUGUGUUGACAAUGAAGUCACUAAACCAGAAUGGUAUGAUUUCUUCUUGGUAUCUCAAUCAGUACGUCAAGGUACAGUCACACCAACACAUUAUAAUGUUAUCUGGGAUCAAACUGGGUUAAAACCAGAUCAUAUGCAACGUCUUAGUUAUAAAUUGACUCAUCUUUAUUAUAAUUGGCCUGGUACCAUUCGAGUCCCAGCACCAUGUCAAUAUGCUCAUAAACUGGCUUUCUUGGUUGGACAGAGUCUCCAUAAAGACCCUUCUUUAGAUUUAGCGGACAAAUUGUUUUUCCUAUAA